UCUUCUCAAGUGUCGCUGAAGUGGACACCACGCCAUAGCCCGGCUUCUAGGCUCUGGCAAGGCAGCUCGUGCGCACCGUACGUACACUGAGCUGCCGAAACCUCUGGUGCGCGUACGCUCUUGACGAUGAGGAGCCAUGCUAUUGCCGCUCGCGUUCUUUGUGUUCCUCUUUUUCUCGCGGUCGUCUUCUUUCUGCUCGCUGCCAAGAGCGAUGGCAUCAGACCGAGUCCCGAUGAUGUAACGGCGCCGGUGCGGCGUGCACGGGCACAGGACGCCGGCGGUGGGAAGAACGGGGCGGCGGAGAAGACAGAGGGGUUCAUGCAGGAGGAGGUGUACGCGACGGGGUCGAGCCUGCCGGACUGCUCGCACGCGUGCGGGCCCUGCAAGCCCUGCAGCCGCGUCAUGGUCAGCUUCAAGUGCUCCAUCGCCGAGCCAUGCCCCAUGGUCUACCGCUGCAUGUGCAAGGGCAAGUGCUACCCCGUGCCCUCCAGCUAGCUACCUCGUCCAUCCGGCCGCCUGCUUCGCCUCGAUCGCCGCCGAGACAACCCCAGUGCCGGCGCAGAGGGAGCACCGGACCAGUACUUCGUUUUCUAUGUGCGGGUGUUCGCUCGCCCAUGAUUU